AUGGGGUUCUCUUUGUUCAUAACAACAAAGGCAAAGAAGAACUAUGAGCAGAAAUGCCGAGACAAAGACGAGGCAGAACAAGCUGUCAACCGGACCGCCAACCUGGUAAACCCGAAGCAACAAGAAAAGCUUUUUGUGAAACUGGCAACUUCAAAGACUGCAGUAGAGGACUCUGACAAAGCGUACAUGCUGCACGUCAACAUGCUGGAUAAGAUCCGGGAAGAAUGGCAGAGCGAGCACAUCAAGGCCUGCGAGGUGUUUGAGGCUCAAGAAUGUGAACGAAUAAACGUCUUCCGGAAUGCAUUGUGGUUACAUGUAAAUCAGCUGUCACAACAAUGUGUCACAAGUGAUGAUAUGUAUGAACAAGUUCGUAAGAGUUUAGAAAUGUGCAGCAUUGAGAAGGACAUUGAAUUCUUUGUGAAUCAACGCAAGACUGGACAGACUCCACCAGCACCCAUCAAGUAUGAGAAUUUCUACUGCCCCCAGAAGAAUGCAGCCUCACCAGGAAAGGCUAGUGGGCCUAACUUGGCAAGGAGAGGACCUCUCCCAAUUCCUAAAAGUUUACCAGAUGACCCUGAUUAUUCUUUGAUUGGUAACUAUAGUUUGCUCUAUCAGUAACAUUAAUGAAAACAAAGAAUUUUCUGCUAGUGCUUCUACAGCAUGGAAAGAAGCACCCAGAGCAGCAGAAUCUAUAGCCAAAAUUUAUAUCAAUCUUGAAGACUUUGAAGUGAACCUUUGCUGUAAUUUUUUGAUAUUUUAAAUUUGUGGUAGACAUUUAGUACAACUUAAGCUGGUAGAGUUCUGAAGCUUUUGGACAAAGUUUACAAAUUAUCCCAGACUGAAGAAAUAUUUUUUCCCAGUCAGUUACUAAAGUUGUGAAUGAAUCGUAUUUUCUACUUGGGAAGCAAGAAAGUGCCCGGACUUGGAGUGUUGACUCUAGAGAGGGCAGAGGUGGCUGCAGAGGAGUCUGAGUCAUCAACUGCAGAAUUUCCACAGUGACACACACACUCAGUGGUGCAAGAUUUAAAAUGACCUUCCUUUUUGGCUGGAAGACUUAGAAGCCAUCCGAUUGCACUUUCUUAUUUUACAGAAGAGGAAACAAGGCCCAGAAGUAUGAAAUCAGUUGCCUUACAGUUCUGCCGUCCAAUCAUGGACAGAACCAGAACUACAGCGUGAACUCAUUCCUCACCAGCAUCUUUCUAACCCUUCCUGAGGCUGAGAUGCUCAUGCUGAAAUUUAAGACACCAAAUAUUUUUGCCAGCCUUUUUUCAGUUGGGAAAGUUACCAGGGUUUAAAUGUCAGAUUUAUUUUUAUGUGGAUCACUGUGUGUACUGAACUACAGAGCACAAUAUUUAAUCUAAUUUAAGAAGCAAUCAAUUGUUACUUUAUGUGCUACUAAGAAUGUGGGGUGGGGGAGUUGCCAGUUAACUUGCGACAGGCCGCUGAUGGCCAAGCCCCUUUGAAUUUGUGAUUUGAAAGUGUGAAAAAAAGGACAUCCUAGAAUCAGUGGAAUAGGGUAUUUUGACUCUGUUCCUCAAAAAUCUUUAAAGUGGCAAUCUUACUCUUUUACAAAUAUUUGCAUCUUCCUCUGUCACUCACAAACAGCGGGGAGGUUAUGCACAUUUUGCACAACAUUUGGACACUGUGACAAUAUGCUACAUUUUAGUUAAUGACAAGUUAAAACAGCACUGCCACUUUUUGGGCAUGUAAAUUUCUAUGCUACCACAAAGAGUAAAUAUUUUCCUUUCCUGCUCUGUGCAAUGGCAUUCCCAGAACUAUAGACAAAUUGAUUGAAAGAAGGUUGAUUAUUUUCCCUACUUUUCAUGUAAGAUGCCACUGAAUGUGGCAGCUUCUUGUCAGGACAGGAAACUUGCAUCAAUUAGAUAUCCUUUUAAGAAAUUCAAGUUUGCAAAGGGCCAAACUUCCCCAAACCAAACGGGCUCAGGAAAUUUUCCUUUGCACUCAGAACAUUCUAUUUUUAAGUAUAUUAUUUAUUGUUGGCAGUUCCUCAGGGAUUUCACUUUUCUCUCUGUUGGUCGGUGUAAUUGAUGUAGAAGUGUUUCAUGAAUGGAAAAUACUAAUAUUUUUAUUUCACUGCUCUUUCAGUUUGAUAUAAAGUAAAAUAAAGGUUCUUGGUGAUUUGGGA